AUUAUUCAUAGCGAAGGAUAUAGGGAGCUUAGAGUUAUUUCUUGCCGCAAGAAUUAGAAUUCUUUUGCAAAAUUUUUCCCAAAUUAAAUUAAUGAACUCUCCCGGAAUCAAGCCCACCGGCCACCGGCCACACAGGAUGGAUGUCGAACAAGUCCAAUAAGGUAAGCCCAUUGUCCAUUUUUAAGUUUCAGUCCAAUGAAGUCUAUUAUUUUUAUACUUUUCUUCCAUUUUUAAAACCCGUAUUAAAUUAUUUCCGCCGGAGAGGCAGUCAACGUGGCAGCCUAUCUGCCCAGUUAUUUGGAAAUGCUGGCACAGGCAGCGAUUAAUUUCAUACUACGCAGACACAGAUAGAAAUAUCAGACCAUUCUGCACCACUCAUUAACUGACAAAGCCCCCGCAUCAGCAUGAGAGUUUUCAGUUUUGAUCCUCCAGUUCGGACACCACCAGAAGAAGACGGAAGCAAUACAGGAAAUCUGUCAUGAAGGGAUUGCCUUUGAAGAUAAUAGCUUCAACCUCAUUGUUUGUGAUGCUGCAAAUUAUAUGCGGGGCGGGCAAUACCCUUCAUCCUAUAAUAUUAGUCCCUGGUGCCGGAGGUAACCAGCUAGAAGCCAGGCUCACCGGCGCCUACAAACCCACGAGCCUCCUCUGUGACCGCUGGUACCCACUUGUCAAGGACCGCGAUGGCUGGUUCAGAAUGUGGUUCGACCCCAGCGUUCUACUUCCGCCCUUCACUCGCUGCUUUGCUUAUCGCAUGACGCUUCACUUCGAACCACAUCUUGAUGAUUACUUUAAUGCCCCUGGGGUUCAGACUCGGGUCCCUCAAUUUGGUUCAACCAGCUCACUUCUUUAUCUCGACCCUCAUCUCAAGCAUGUUUCAGCGUAUAUGGCGCCGUUGGUGGACUCCCUUGAAGAGGUUGGCUAUGUGGAGGGUGAAACUCUGUUUGGAGCACCCUAUGAUUUCCGAUAUGGCCUUGCCGCGAAAGGUCAUUUGUCUCAUGUGGGUUCCAAGUUCUUGGACGAUCUCAAGUGUUUGAUUGAAAAAGCAAGUGCUUCCAAUGGCGGAAAACAAGUGAUACUCGUGUCACACAGCUUAGGAGGACUCUUUGCCAUUCAACUUCUGAACCGAAACCCACUUUCUUGGCGCCAAAAGUUCAUCAAACACUUUGUGGCUCUUUCUGCUCCUUGGGGUGGUGCUGUGGACGAAAUGCUUACCUUUGCUUCGGGGAAUACUCUAGGAAUACCCCUGGUGGACCCAUUGAUGGUAAGAGCAGAACAGAGAAGCUCUGAGAGUAAUCUGUGGCUUUUGCCUAAUCCCAGAUUGUUUGGUGGCACCAAACCAUUAGUGAUCACGAAAGAUAGGAAUUAUACAGCAUUAGAUAUUGCUGAUUUUCUCAGAGACAUCGGUUUCCCCGAAGGGGUUUACCCCUAUGAAAAUCGAAUUUUGCCAUUGAUAGAGAACACAGAAGCACCAGAAGUACCUGUGACUUGUAUCAUGGGAACGGGUGUGAGAACCCCAGAAAGUUUGUUUUACAGGAAUAGUGAUUUUGAUGAACAGCCUGAAGUGUUUUAUGGGGAUGGAGACGGUACAGUGAACAUGGUGAGCAUGCUGGGGCUUCAGUCACUCUGGGAAGAUGAGAAAAAUCAAAGCCUGGAAGAUAAAAUUGGAGGCGUGUCUCACACGGGGAUACUGAAAGAUGAAGUUGCUCUUGAUGUGGUAAUAGGCGUGAUUAGUAAGCUUAAUUCUAAUGGAACGACUUUUGUGGCGCAUGAGCAAACUCUUGUGGAUGCUUAUAGGCGAUGAAACGGAGUAGUCAAUUAGCUCUAUAUACUAUAACAGAGCAGAAAGCUUCUUUUGAAUAAACAUCUUUUUUUGUUUUUUUUCCUCUUUUUCUUGCCGUAAAUCGUAUGUUCUGGGAACCUUGCACGUCUUUGUUGUUGUCCUUAUUCGAUUAUUUUAAUUUUCUGCUACAAUAGAGGCUAGCUUUUUGAUGGGUUGAAUCUGACUGGCGUGGCAUGGCAUUUUGUCUUAUCAAAGGAAUAUGAUUUGGAGGA